GCAGAGAGCAGAGUCUGCUGUCAAGGGUACGUGGAAGGACGAGUGUGGGAGUGGGCUCCCAGUCCAGGUUGGGGUCUGCGGGUGAGUGAGUGGGACAGAGCAGGUGUGGCUGCGUGGGGGAAGAGGAGGAGAGAAGGGGAGGCGAGGGGAGGCGCCCCACGCCAGCGCUCUGCUCCUCUCGGGGCACCCCUUUCGUUCCCACUUUUCAAACGGAGGAAGAAUCUGCCUGAAGGAGCCACAGGUAGUAAUUUGGGACCCGAAGGGGCGGGGGCGGGGCAGGGGUGCCAGUGAUCCUGUCUUUGAGCCCCCAGGGAUCCCCGGGCCCCCCACAGGAACCAAUGGGGAGAAGAAGGGCCACCCAGCGGGUGGCCAGAGGCCGCGCAGUAAAGACCAAGGAGGACCCUGGCCAGGGGCUCCGGGUGAAAGGGGAGCCCCCUCCGGACAAGAGGAGGAAAGUGGAGGAGCUGAGCGCUUCGGUGCCUCCCUCAAGCCUGCCUCAGGCCUCAGUGACAUUCCAGGACGUGGCAGUGAACUUCAGUCGGGAUGAAUGGAGGCGCCUGGACGAGACCCAGCGGACCCUCUACAAGGACGUGAUGCUUGAGAACUAUGAGAACAUGGUGUCCCUCGGUAAGCUCCACUGCCCCUGGGGAGGGGGGGGGUGUCUGAAAACCAAUACUAACCGACGGGGCAGGAGGCCCGGAGACCACCCUGACCAGUCAGGAACACUGUGCCGAGCUCUGGGGCUACAAAAAGAAAAUGCAAGCCUGGAGCUAACAGUCUAAUGGGGGAGACAAGAGGCAAACAAAUGGAGCCGGAGCAGGCUUUAAACAAUGUAAAUAGGAAACAAUAGAUGGAAGGUACUUCACAGUUAAGAGGGGUUGUCACAGGCAUCCUGGAGGAGGUGAGAUUUGGUUUGAUUUUUCUUUCUACCUGGUUAAUUUUAUUAUUCACUGGUUGUGUGUAAGCCACAAAUCCAUGCCUGUGGCUAGACUGAUUCUUCAUGACUGCUUCACUCACUCCAAGGCCUAGCCAAAGGCCAGUAAGAAAAAAUUAAGCACCUACUGAAUGCCAGAAUUGUGACAGGUGCCGGGAAUGCAAAUAUAAAAGUCACAGGCCUGGAUUUCAAGGAACUUGCUUUGUCCCUCCUCUCCACUUAAAAAAAAAAAUCUUUCAACAUUUUAUUUUUCUCUCAUAUAUAUGUAAAAACAGUUUUCUAAAAUCUUGAGUUCCAAAUUCUUUCCUUUCCUCCCCCCCUUUCUGAUAAUGGUAAGCCAUUGGCUAGAGGUUAUACAUACGAUGUUACAGCAAACAUAUUUCUAUACUGGUCAUGUUGUAGAAGUCUCAUAUCAAAAAAAAAAAACAAACCUCCACAAAGAAAAUAAAGUGCAAAUAGUCUGCUUUGAUGUGCAUUCAUACUC